UCUAGCUAUCACAAAAGGUAGAGAUAAGAUGGCGGUAGAAAGGCUCGAUGUGAACAGCACGCUUUUAGCAUGGAACAACAGACAAAGGCAGCAGCGGCACGCUCAAGACGACCUCCCUCGCCGCUGCGGGGUAGGCAGGCCGCGCCUGCUGUCGGAAAAAGGCAAGACAUCCAUGUAUGGGGCCCUCUGCAGCUCACCGCUCGGAGGGCUAGCGCCGCCGAAACACUCAGCCUGCUACGUGGCUCUAGCCGCUCAGGAGGACCGUAGUUUGGACUACGUAUGUAGCAGCAGAAGGACCUCGGGUGCUGCGCAAUAGGCACUCUGCCACUCCAUCGCUUUCUUUCUACAGCUCGAAUCACGGGCGGCAGGUGGAGACCGCAGCAAGUGGCGCCUACUGGCUGCUGUGGAAGCUGCCUUGCCGUACCCUGCGCAGGUAGUAUCAGAAUGCCGACACGAGUAAUGUUGGUGGCUGGACAUCGAUAGGCUGCGAGGCGCUCUGCGCCUCUUCCGCCCGAGUACAGCCCGCAGCGCGCCUUCCUGUUGAACGCGCGCGCUCAUAAAGGCCGUCUUCGCACAUGCACAUACGCCUCCUUUACGACCAUCAUCAUCAAUGAAUGCGUC